AUGAGUCAGGACCAUCUGGAAUUAUUCUUUGGAGCAGUACGUGCUGCUGGAGGUUUCAACAACAACCCAACCACCCAACAAUUUACAGCUGCUUACAAACGUCUUCUUCUGAGGAGUCACAUUGAUGGAGGGAAUGGAAAUUGUAAGAAGAGGGAUCCAAUUGAAAUCCUAUCUGCUGUAAGCAAUUCCACCAACAUAAAUGGGAAAACUGUCACGAUAACAGAUGCUGCCCUCAUAAGAAAAUAUGACCUCCAAGAGAGAACCCCUAUGCAAUCUGAUCAUGACUAUUGUGAUUUUCCUAACAUUGCAAGAAAUUCAGAGUACAAAGAAGCCGCCUUAUGUUAUAUUGGAGGAUUUGUUCCAAAAUCUUUGAAGAAGAAACUCCCCUGCCACAAGUGCCGCAAUGUGCUUGGCUCUCAGAAGAUCAUUCCAUCAUCCCAGUUCCUGCAACUGAAAGAUCGAGGUAAUCUAUUUAAACCUUCAGAGAGUGUCGUGAUUGUUUGCCAAGAAAGUGAAAAAUGCUUCCAAAGAAUGUUGACUAUGAAUGCUGGAAAGCUUCCCCAAGGUAAAGGAAUUGUUGAAGCGAUUGCUACAUCUGUUCUGGGUACCCUUCAUAUAUCAUCAUUAUUUACCGAAUUGGACAACCAUAUGUAUGACUCGCCAGUAGAUGAUAACCAUGUAUUUGGACUAAUCAAAGAGAUUGUGAAGUCUUACUGCAAAUUGCGGCUGUACCAUCUUGGCAAGGAAACCACAGCAAAGUUAUCAGAAAAAAAUAUUCGAAAGAACUUAAACAAGCUGAUUCUUUUUAAUCACCAAUAAACUCAAUUCAAUGACAAUUAACCAUCAAAUACAAGUGAUUAGACACAUUCGUUUAUAUCAUUAGUGUACCAGGGUGGAAAGUUUGUAGGUUGCGCCGAAUUAAACAAACGUGGAAAAUCAAACUUUGCUCCAUUUUGGCGCAGAAUUAUGCGAAAAUGAACCGGUGUGGCGUACUGGCAUACAAAAAUUUAUUUAGUUAUGCACACUACAAUGUUCUCAACCAUUUCUGUUUGUAUUUCAGUCAUGUAAUAAUAACGGGAAUUUGAUUGAGCACUGACUGUGAAUAUGUUUAAAACAGGAUUUGUACAGCCACUGGCGCAUGUUACUGAACCUUCAUCAAAUCUUCGGCGCACAAAAAGCGAACUUUCCACCCUGGUUAGUGUAUUACUGUAUGAACAGCAGCACAAUCACAGACUUAUCAAAGUAUACACAUGAUCAUGUCAUGAAUUUGUACGAGCUUUAUAGCCCAUUUAUCAGGAAAUUCAAGGAGAGGAAGGAGUUAGAAGUCGGUAAUAAGUCCAUUCAAAUUAAUAAGCUGUUUAAGUCCAAAUCAAGGACUUUCAAGCUUUUGUACGAACCGUACAUGUUUGCAUGAGAUAUAUAUUAAUCCCAACACUCUCAAGUACUAACAGAAUAUAAACAUAUAAUAUUUUGAAAGUCAUAUAUGAAGUAGACAAAUAUUCAAAACUUACCACCUAUUCCACAGCGACCAUCGAUGUUGUAUCCUAUAUAGUUAGUCAAGUAUGCGAAAUAAAUGUUCUGAUUUGUCGCUAGACGUUUUUAAUUCAACUCGGUACCAUAAUUCUUUUCAUGUUCAUAGUCUCUAUAAUUCACGAAUCUGGAUCGUACCUUCACCCCUAA